AUGGCCGCCUCCAAGCUGCUCGCCUUCGUCCGCAGUCUCGGGCGCCGCAGGGAGCGCUACGACCCCGAUGCCGUCUACUUUGCCACCCCGGUGGAAGACAUGAUUGGCGCCUGUGAUGGCUCAUCCGAGGUGGGGCCUCGAGUCCCAGCGCCCUCUCGCCGCAGCCCCCGCCUCGUCUUUGCCGGUCCUCCCCGCCGAAUGGAUCGUGUGCCCAGUGGCGACUUUGUCGAGCAGCUCAUCGACACUGAGUCGGACCUCUUCAACUGGGACACGAGCUCCGCCGAGACCUCCAGCAGCGAGGAGGAGGCGCCUGUCGUGGCCCGUGGCGCCGCCCAUGCGCCGGACUACCUCGACUUCUUGGCCGCCCACGGCCUCACUGCCGAGGUGCUUGGGAUCCCCAUGCCACCCGCGGAAGAUGUCCGCCCCGGAACCCCCGAGACACUCGCCUCCAUCUUGGGUGUCCACAACCAGGACGACGAGACGCACGGCGUGUCCGUUGAUCGCAGCGAGAACGCGCAGUCGGAACCGCGUUCUUCCACCACCAGCUCCGCGGACCAGUCUGUCCUCGAGCAGGCACCACUUGAACCUGAGGACCGUGUCUCCGCCGCUCCCGCUCACCAGAGCGCCACUGCCGACUCGGAGGGAGACCCAAGCGACCUCCUCAGCUUCUCAAGCCCAGGAGAGAUCAUCCGCGUCCUCGACCCUCGCGCCGGGCCGGUCGACUUCUUUGCCGAGCUCAAGGACUCCAGCUCCAUGGCGCCUGUCGACCCGCCCCUCUCCCCGGUCGAGACGCUCACUGUCGCCGAGGUCGUCGAGGCUUCUGAGCCCCUUCCUCCCUCGACUGACUCAGGUGUCAAGAACUCUGGUCGCCGCGUCGUCUUCGAGGACCAGCUCGGCCGUGUGCGUCAGUUCAUGCGCAAGACUGCUCGCCGGUUCUCCCAGCAAGAGGGUGGCGAGCCUGCUCCGAGGGAGUACACCACGACAGCCAUCCCCAUCCCGCGCCGUCUCACCGCCCGAGAGAGGCGAUCCAGAGGCCACGAUGUGGUCUGGGAUGCACCCAAGGACCCCCUCGUCACUGUAACCUCAAUCCUCCGCCACUCCCCACCGCCACCGCCCCUUGCCCUGGCCACCCUCCCUCCUUCUGCGCGUGUGUCCAGCCCACUGGCCACCAUCCUCCUCGCCGAUGAGGAGCGCACCCGUUCCUGA